ACAUACACACACAUCUGUGUGCACUCAGUACUGUCCUUCUGCGUUCUCCAUUCUGUAUAAGGCCUAUUAUUGUUGUCACUUAUUCUCUGCCACUGGCUAGCAUGAGUUGGGUGUUACUGUGGUGAGAGAGAUUUGUUAAGGAGUGUGAGAAGAGAGUGGGAGUUGAUGAAAUGGUGGUGAAACUCAGGAGGGCUGUCAAGAAAUUGUUCCAGACUUGUGCUGGUGCUGGGCCUUGCUCUAAUUUCUCUCCUUCUAAGCCUCCACCCCUUGCUGUUACUAAUGUAAUCAAGAAUUCUGAGGCAAUUAGUGAUGAAAUGCCCAACUGCAACACUAGUGCUCCUCCUAAGAACUUGUGUGCAAUAUGCCUUGAUCCCCUGAGUUACAACACAGCCAAUAGUCCAGGCCAAGCCAUAUUCACUGCUCAGUGUUCUCAUGCAUUCCACUUCACUUGCAUCUCCUCAAAUGUCCGACAUGGGGGUGUUACGUGUCCCAUAUGUCGAGCGCAAUGGACUCAGCUACCGCGCAACCUAAUUGCACCUUUCUCGCUUACUGCCAAUCAAACUGAUCCCGUCCUCCAAAUCCUAGAUGACUCCAUAGCCUCUUUUCGGGUCCACCGGCGGUCCUUCGUCCACACUGCUCGCUAUAAUGAUGAUGACCCUAUAGAGCCUGAGCACUCAGUGAAUCAUCCUCGGCUUGAUCUGACUCUUAUAUCCGUACCAAUUACUCAUUCUAGCCCUCACACAUGCUUGCAUCAGAUUCCCAUGUCUGAUAUGUGCCAUCUUUGUGGAGUUCCAACACAACCCCACAUGAAUAGCUCUUUGUCCUUAUUGACAACUUCACCACAUCAUUUUGAUCCAAGUGGACAGAGCCCGUAUCCUCAUCUUUCCAGUAAUAGAACCUAUUUAUGUGUGCGACUAGCUCAUCAACCAUCAACUGACAUGGUCUUAGUAAUAAGCCCCAGUGGGUCCAAUUUAAGGCUUAUGAAGCAAUACAUGGCGUUAGUGGUUUUCUCAAUGCGACCCAUUGAUCGUUUAGCCAUUGUUGCUUACUCUUCUGCUGCAGCUCGAGUCUUCCCCCUUAGGCGCAUGACUUCCUGUGGCAAACGAACAGCUUUGCAAGUCAUUGAUCGUCUCUAUUAUAUGGGGAACGCAGAACCUAUAGAAGGACUGAAAAAAGGUGUAAAGAUACUAGCGGAUCGCACCCAUGAAAACUUGGAGUCGUGUAUUUUGCAUUUGUCUGGCGGGCCAACAAGAUCUUAUCACGGCUUUGACAUGGAAGUCCAUAUACCAAUCCAUCGUUUUCAUGUUGGAUAUGGCUUUGGCACUUUGCAUGGUCUCGUCAUACAUGAAUUUGACAAUUUUCUUGCCAGGGUGCUUGGAGGUGCUCUCAGAGAUAUCCAAUUGAGAAUCAAUUCAAAGAUAGUAAGACUCGGUGAACUGAGAGGUGAUGAGGAAAGGAGAAUCCCACUAAAUCUGAUGGAGGCUGGACAUGUUUGUGUGGAAUAUAGCUACAUUAAUAAUGGGGCAGAUGAAUGCAUUCAGACAGGGGAAAUCAUAGUUGGACUAGAUUGUAAAAGAGAGAGAAACGAGGACAUAGCAGGCGGUGGGGCUAUUGUAGAUGGCAGGUUUAGUACAACGAGAGGUUGGGAUUAUCGUGACCCUUACAUGGCAAGACGCUGGGCUAAACACUUGCAUGGGUAUAGACAGUGAAUAGCGCGAAUGUUUAAGACAAGUAAGAAUACUUAUGUGUUCUGAUUCUGAAUACUUUAGUGUUAACGAAGUGAAAUAUGCAAUUACUCAUGUUCUGAAUUCUGAAGAAGUGUUCAUAUCUGUACAAGUACUCGUAGAAGUUCUACUUUGCUCUUUAUCAGUGGAAGUUCAUGUUCUUGCAGAAGCUCCAUUUAGUAGUUCUAGAGCUCAGAUUAGAACUCAAUCACGCGAUAAGGAAAACGCGACAAUGCUGCAAGAAUGCUGCAAAAAGGCCAAGGAAAAUUGUACUACAUGAUAACAUGACAUACCCUUUGGUUCUGGUUUAAACUCUGAAAAUAGUUUUUUCCUUUAAUUGCUAGAUUGGCAGAGUUUUUGUGUCAGCUUAGAUUUAUGGACAUAUGUUUAAUUUAAUUUUUUUGGUCUUCGAAGAUGCUGGAAAUUGAAAUUCGAUCCAAGAUAUAUUGUUCAGUUCA